AUGAAAUCAUACACGAUUGACAAAGACUUGGGACAAGGAACAUUCAGCAAGGUUAAAUUGGGGAUUCACAAACUAACAGGCGAGAAAGUAAUAACAUUAUCCUUAAUUGAAUUUAGGUGGCCAUAAAAAUCAUAGACAAGACCAAAUAAUAGGAGUCAGAUUAUGUUAGGAUUCAUCGUGAAAUCUCAAUCCUGAGGAAAUUGAGACACCCUAAUGUGGUGUAAUUGUUUGAAGUAAGCCAUUUGCAUAGUAGAUUGUCGAAAGUGACACUAAGUUAUACAUUGUUACUGAGUAUGCUAGUGGGGGAGAGCUCUUCGACCAUAUCGUAAGCAACAAGCGUCUUGAGGAACGUGAAGCUGCUAGACUGUUCAUCCAAUUAAUACAUGCAGUUACUUAUAUUCAUGAGCAUUAAAUCGUUCAUCGGGAUUUGAAACCAGAAAAUGUACUCCUCAACGAAGGCACUUUAAAAGUAGUUGAUUUUGGAUUAUCCUCGACCUAUCAGACUGGGUAGAAAUUGAAAACCCCCUGUGGUAGUCCGUGUUAUGCUGCUCCUGAAAUGUUGCAAGGCCUUUCUUAUGAUGGUCUAUUUACUGAUAUUUGGUCCAGUGGAAUCAUUUUAUAUGCAAUGAUAUGUGGGUAAUCUCAUUUUCAUUAAUUUGCAGAUGUGUCCCUUUCGAAGAUCAAAACACCAAGAGAUUAUAUGAAAAGAUCAAGACUUCUGAUUUCCAUUUGCCUAAGCAUGUUAGUUUAUAGGCUGGCGAUUUGCUCAAAAAACUAUUGAUGAAGGAUCCAGCACAACGAAUCACCUUACAAGAAAUCAAGAACCACGAUUUUAUCAAAUUUGCUGGCAAAUAUUCCAUUCCUCAACCUCUCAAGAUUGACAAUGACAUUGUUCAAUAAAUGGUUCAAUUUGGUUUAUCCACUCAAUCUGAAAUUAUUGAGAUGAUUCAAGGCAACAAACAUAACCAAAUAACAACAAUCUAUUACCUGUUGUAAAAUAAAAACCCUCAAUCCCAAUCGUAAUUCUCAUCGUAAACCUUCAAUAAAAUAACAUCCCAACUCAUUUCGUAGGUACCACCACACAAUGAAAAUGCUCCUUGUGUAUUUAAAAUCAAACUCAAGAGCAAAUCACCUUAUCAAUAACAAUAAAACGAUGUUACUUUAGAGCACAUUCCCUAAUCUCCAAGAAAAACUCAUUUGGAAAAUCAACACAAUAUUUCCAUCACAAAAAAAAUGUAUUCAUUUCAUGUCUAUUCCUUAGCCGAAGCAAGACCAGAUCACAAGAACCCAUUCAAAAACGAGAGCCCUCACUCAACAACCAAUAACCACUCUCAAAGUAAACAAGACAAGUGCACAUCGGAGAAUUCUUCAAGAAAACUGACCAGGAAGUUAAUCAAAGACAAAGUGUCAUCCCUCAAGGAUAUAAUAAAUUCAUUAUCACUGAACGUGUCAGCAUCCAAAACAAUAUAUCCAUAUCCAAAAUACCCUCUAGAUAAGGGAGAUUGUCAUUCAAAAUAGAACAAAAACCUUUGCAGACUCAACCAAACGAAAGCAUCAAAGAUGGCAAACAUUAAAAAUCUACCUCAAAUACUAAGAAGGCAACUGAACUUAGUUCUAACCAAAAGCUAAUCUAAAUGGAUUCGAUAGCUACACAAAUUUAAAAUAAUAUUCAGAAUAGGUUUCUAAUUUACAAGAAGAAAAUCAAGUAAUGA